GCCGCUACCACCACCACGGUUACGCCACGACCGCGCGCGUUAGUAACGUUUCGGUAUCGCUACCGCGCGCAACCCGACGCCGCCGCCGCCGACGACGACGACGUCGUCAUAAUAUUUUUUACCGAGGACAGCACGCAGACCCUCGCGGACUUCCGAGACUCGCGGGCCGCUGUUUUAUACCGCCGUCGUGUAUUUCGUAAUAAUGAUUAACCAUCGAUCAUAAAAAAAUUUACCAUCAUCAUUAUCGCCGCGAAUCCAAAUUUUUUAUUGCGGAUCGUACCGUUCGCAUCGUCGCCGCGGUGCAGUUCUGUCGGGGGCUGCGUUCCCGGGGCAGACGACUUCGCGCGCCUAUAUCUGCCGCGGAUAUUCGCGCGCAUUUCACACCAACCUUUUAGAAUUUUAAAGAUAAUAUUAAUUUAGUUUCCAUGUGCGUCUGUGCGAGGUUUCGCGAUGGAUUUGAGUAGACCGCCGAUCCGGUAACUCGUCGUAUACCGGAAAUCUGCGUUUUCCGUGUUAUUAUUUGUAAAUUCUUCUCUCGAGAUUUAGCCAUGGAAGCAGGUAGUUCGGCUUGCGUGGCUUUGGCGUUUUUGGUCAACUACAAUACGUUAAAAGCUGGCUUCGUGUAUGAUGACAGUCGGGCGAUCGUCAACAACCCGGACGUGACACGAGCCGCGCCGCUGACCGACAUCUGGACCAACGACUUCUGGGGCACGCCGAUCGGGUCGAGCAGCUCGCACGGCUCGUACCGGCCGCUGUGCGUGGCCUCGUUCCGGCUGAACCACUGGACGGGCGGCCUGGACCCGAAGGGCUACCACGCGGCCAACGUUCUGCUGCACUGCGCCGUCACGUAUCUGGUAUACGCCGUGUACCGGACGCUGAUGCCCGGCCGCCGGCCAGCCGCGGCCGCGGCCGUGUUCGCCGUCCACCCGGUGCACGCCGAGGCCGUGGCCGGUGUCGUGGGUCGCGCCGACCUGCUUGCCUGCCUGUUCUACCUGGCCGCAUUUCUGUGCUACGCGGCGCACGUCCGGCACCGGGAUAGGACGCCAGACCCGCGGCGCCGCGUCGUGUGUUGCGACGCCGGCUGCCACCGUCGGACGUACCGACUGGGCUCGGCGGUGCGCACCGUCUUCGCCGCCCUGGGCCUGGGCACGUGCUCUAGUGACUUGGACGGCCUACCCGGCGGCGUCACCGAGUGCUGCGCGGUCCGAGAGUGGGCCUGCUUGGCGGCCACCGUGCUCAUGGCGGCCGCGUCCAUGUUGGCCAAGGAAACCGGUUUGACCGUGCUGGCCGUGUGCGCCGUGUACGACGUGCUGUUCGCCAGCAAGCAGUCGCCGAACAAGAACUCCGGAGGAAUGUACAGGACGCUGGCAAUCCUGUCGGGCGCGGCGGCCGGUUUGCUGUUCGCCAGGAUGUCGCUGAUGGGCGACAGCGGACCACCGGUGUUCGCGGCCGCCGACAACCCGACCGCAAAGUCGCCAAGCCUGGUGACGCGGACUCUAACGUUUCUCUACCUGCCCGCCGAGAACUUCCGGUUGCUCGUCUACCCCCGGAGGCUGAGCUUUGACUGGUCCAUGGACGCCAUCGCGCCCGUCACGUCCGUCUACGACCCCAGGAACGCCCUGUCCGUCGCUCUGUAUGUGGCCCUGUUUGCCGCAGCCAAGCGGUCCGCCGCAGCCGCGUCCAGGGCCAGGCUGCACCACAACCGACCUCACAGAUGUUGUUCAAAGACCAAGUACGAUCGCCCGGCUGACCGUCCCGAUGACCCGGCAAGGGCCGUCGGACUCGCUGUCGCCAUGACCGCCAUCCCGUUCGUGCCGGUGUCCAACAUGUUUUUCUACGUGGGCUUCGUGCUGGCCGAGAGGGUGCUGUACAUGCCCAGCGUGGGCUAUUGCUUCCUGUUCGGGUACGGUUACGCGGCGCUUGAACGCCGUUUGGGGCCUAAGUGGCCAAGGAUGGGGCUGAUGGUGGUGCUCACCGUGUACGGUGCCCGGACGGUCAUCAGGAACAACGACUGGCAGGACGACGAGUCGCUGUACAGAUCGGGCGUGCACAUCAACCCGCCGAAAGCCUACGGAAAUUUGGGCUCAAUACUGAGCAGUCAGGGUCGAUUAGACGAGGCGGAAACGGCGCUGAGGACAGCGUUACGAUAUCGACCGAACAUGGCGGACGUGCAUUACAAUUUAGGGAAUCUGCUGCGGGAAAAAGGCGACGCCGAAGCAGCCGUGUCGAGUUACAAAAAUGCGAUCAAGUACAGACCGUCCCUGGCAGUGGCGUACCUGAACAUGGGGCAGCUGUUGGCAACGAUGGGCCGAUGCGAGGAAGCGGAGUCCGUGCUGAAACUAUGCAGUUCGUUGGACGGUUCGCAUUCCAAGGACCCUGUGAACCACGAGACCAGCAGGGUGUCAGCACUGGUCACGUUGGGCAAAUUGCACGCCGACCGGGGCAGGUACUCGGACGCGGUGCAGGCUUACAAGCACGCAGUUGCCAUACUGCCACCGUACUACAACUCUCGGGUACUGUUCAGUUUGUAUGGCGACGCGUUGGCGCAACUCAACAGACACAGAGAAGCCGAAAUGUGGCACAAGGCGGCACUGGAAGUCGGGCCCGACCAUGUUCCGGCGCACUUGAGUUACGGGAAAUGGCUCGCAAAAAACAGAACGCGUAUUCACGAGGCAGAAAAUUGGUUUCUACGGGCAAAAAAAUUGGCUCCCGGUGACGCGUCCGUGUACAAACAUUUCGGAGUUUUUCUGCUGGAACAAGAACGGUACCCCGAAGCCGCGUCGCAGCUAGUGGAAGCCGUCGCCCUGGAGCCCGAAGACUACGACCUGACAGUGACGGCAGCCACCGCGCUAAGGCAGGCGGGCGUGUCGCUCAGGGCAGAGGACAUGUACAGAAAGGCAGCCACACUCAGGCCACAAGACGCGAGCAGCCACAGCAACCUGGGAGCCAUGCUGCACCUGAACGGCAAACACCGAGAGGCGUUAUCCAGCUACCAGAACGCGCUGAGGAUAUCGCCGGACGACCGGACCACGCUGGACAAUCUCAACAAACUGAGGAACGUGUUGCGGCGCCGGUCCCGAGCGGCGUGAUGAUGACCACCGCGACGGACGUGAUAAUAAUAUUACACCGUAAUGAUAUUAUGUACUUAAUAUAGGGUUAUAAUAAUAAUAUAAUAUGACGAUAAUUUGACGACGACGACGACGACGACGCGUGUGUGCGGUUUUGUAUUUGAAACGUAAUUUUCUAUAUUUUUUUUUUCGUACCUAUAUAAUAAUAUAUAUAAAUAUAUUUUAAAAAUAUUUAAUCCUGUACAUAAUAAUACAUAGUAUAUACCUACCAUAUAUUAUAUGAUAUUAUAGUACCUAUGUGUAUGAUUGAAGUCUUAUGUAUUAAAUAUUAUAAAAAUUCUAACAUGAUAUUAUUCUAUGAUAUUGUGUAGUGUACAUAUUAUUGUAAAUUUAAAUUUUAUUUUACUUGCAAUGAGUCUACAUAACAUUAUUAUUAUUAUUUUUACUACCAUAUUUAUAUAGUAGAACCUCGAUAGUCCGGACGAAUUCAGACCAAGUGUCGUCCUGAUCACUAAAAGUUUUUCGAGGGUACUCGGGUACUCGAAUGGCUAAGGACUUUUUCCAUCCCUUUAAUUUAUUACAUUAAAAAACUAGUUACAAAAAAAAAUGAAGUAACAUUUAUUAGGUACAAGAUUCGACUAGCUGAUGUUUAUUAGCGAAGAAUUCGGUUAUCUUCUUUUGAGUAAGUUGUAUAGAUUUUCGUUUCAAAGCAGCAACAAAAUUGCAAUUUUCAGUGCUCUACGUGCUCAAUAUUGAGUGCAGCUUUCAGCACUCCCACUUAACUCGUAGGUUAACUGUGUUUCGGAAAUUCUGGUCAAAUUAGGUAGGUACCUAUUUAUGUUUCGUCCGGACUAUCGAGCCUCUACAAUUUAAUAAUAUGUUGGUACUUAUUUACAAAGUGGCAGAAAACCUAUGGUCUUCUUCAGCGUGGAAUAUUCGAAUUCAGCGGACCCCACUCGUAAUAAUAUUACUAUACGUAUUUGAAAUUGCCGAUUUCCUCGGACGACUUAACCACGAGUUUUCGUUUUAUACAAAUUAAAGUCUUUGCCGGCUUUCAGGAGCGUAGCCACACAAACAAAUCUACAUUAUUGACAAUUGUUUUUUUUAUAAGUGUUCGUUGAAGCCAAAGCUGUAAAAAAGUUACGAGAACCGCAACGAUCGAGGUGAUCGAGCUCUAGUACUCGUGAUGCAAAAUCCAAUUAAAAUUUACUGGUGUCAAUAGUAAUUAUACUAUGAUACAUCUUUUUUAUCGGUUACUUCGAGAUAACGUCGUAAUAUACUAUCUUAUUUGUAACUUUUAAUUUACCCCCACCAUGUCCGUGGAGAAAUCGGUAGUUUUCAACGAAAGAAUAAUUCUCCACCGAAUACGAACACUAUAAUUAAUAUAUAUAUAAUAUAUAUAUAUAUACUCUCACAGUUACACUUUCAGAAGACCGUUUGUUUUUUCAGCUUUUUAAGUAUGUAUAACAUUAGUUCUAAUAUAUUAUAUUAUAUUGUACAAAAUCGAUAGAAUUAAAAUAUUAUUAUAUAUUUAUUUUCGUUUCCAUUCAUGAUGAUAUUAUUAUAAUAGUAUGCUAGAAUUUAGUCGCGGGCGUUACGAUCAAAACGUGACGAACCUAACCCCCAGCUUAAUAUAUUUUUCUUCGGCCAUCGUUCACUGGAAAAUCGAGGAGGAGGGGAACAGAAAGAGUGAAAACUGGUACCCGGUAUUUUAUUGAGAAACGCGGUUUUCCAAAUGCUUCGGUCACAGGACCCGGUGGUCCUGAUCAAACAGGUGGAAGUUUAUCUCGUCAUCAUAAUAAAAAAAGUCCGUCACGGUCUCGACGAGUUAUAAGAAUCGUGAAGCGCCGAAGACAAAACCUCGCAAUCAAUUUGGUGGGUCGACACGUCACCUAGUCCGUCACGCGGAAUUUUUCCUUAUAUUUUCAAACAAGCUUCCCGUUUCGCCUCGAACGGUGUUAUAUCGACGUCAUCACCUUCGACGGUUUUAUUUUUAUUAUAAUUCAUUUUUUUUUUUUUUAACAAACUCGUUCUGGAAACAGCGAAUUUUUCACCAUCGAUUAUAAUAAUGUAUUAAACCAAACCGUUUAUCUACGUCUAUGCUUAUCGCAUUACUAAAAAACGUAAUUUUAUUUGUUUUGAAAUAAUUAAUAUACACACGUGUGUACUGCUGCCAACGCCGUUGCCCAUUCGAACAUAAUAUUUUUUUAACUCAUAUUAUAUUUUAUUGUUUGGUGAGCACACGCGAGUGGUGCAGUCGUGCUCGUAAUCUUUUUCUGUCAUAACUUCAUUAAUUUCUUAAGACGUUUCAUGGCUUUGUCGUAGGUACAACCACCGUCGAGGUGAUAGAGGGAAUAACCAUUUGAUAUUUUUGCGUUAAUUUUUUUCGUAUCUUUAUUUUUAGUCCACUGCAAGAUACUUGGGGGGGGGGGGGGGGGGGGAGAGAGUGUUCCUAUUUCCCGACGUCAUAACGUUUCGUUUUAUUUUUAAUUGUAUAUAUUUAAUAUUAUAUUAUUAUUAUGAAAGCGUAAUAUAAAAUGUUGUUAUUGUAUUGUAUGUUGCGUAUAUAUCUCUGUGUGAAAUAUUAUGUCAAAUGAUUAAUGUUUUUAAGAUAGACCUUAACCGACCGGCCGACCGUUUUUUUUCACGGCCGUCUCGAUUUAUUUUUUUAAUCCAUUUUCGUAACAAAAAUGAUUUAUAGUGUGUUUUAAUAAUAUAAUAAUUUAUUUACUAUGACCGUUGCGUGCGGUGAUAUCGUCGUCAGACCAUCCGGCCUGGAAACGCUUUUCUUUCGCGAUUUUCCGAAAUCCAAAAAAAAAACCAAAAACAACGCCGUCUCCGCUUCUAGUCAACGAUAUUCGCGAUAAUCCAACUAUGUGACACACCUAUGUCAGACGCCUAUAUAGUAUAUUAUAAUUUAAUAUAUUGCGAUGACGCAAUAUUUUAGAACAUUUCACAUAGGUUCGUGGACAUCCGAACUCUAAAAAUGCAUAAUACAUAAUAUUAUUAUAGCCAUUUAUAUACAUACAAUAUAUAGGUGUUCGCAUAUUAUAAUAUUAAUAAUAUUAUGUAAAAACGCGAUUAAAGCAUUGUACAUGAUUUAUACGAUUCACACAAAAAUAAUAAUAAUAUUAUAAUAUAAUAUAACAUAAGUGUGUGUUUAUGUGACUUAAAUGUAAAUAUAUUUGAAAACAAAUAUUUGAUAUUUUGUACAUUUCGUGUAAAGACAAUAAAAUUAAGACGUCUCAUGAU